AUGUUGCGAGUGGCAGUGGUUUUUGCGGCCUUAAUGAUUCUGCAGGCACGUCCAUCGAUCCAGCACAGGAUUGUUUCUGUUGAAAACGAGUUGAGAGGUAGAAAGGUGAUAGUUCACUGUCGAUCCAAAGACGACGACAUUGGAGCCAACAUCGUUGACGUUGGCUCUCGUUUCGAAUGGGGUUUCGAGCCAAACACAUUUGGGAAGACGCUCUAUUGGUGCAGGCUGGCGGUUCGAGAUAGACGACUUUCUUUCGACGCAUACGAUGGGAAAACCGACCACCUUCGCGGUCAUGACGUUCGCUGGCUUGUUAGGGAGGAUGGGGUUCAUCUAGUGGAUCCGGAUGGUACCCUCGUAGAAUCCUUUCACCGGGAGUGGAAUAAGUUGUGGGUCGAUCGGAUUUGA